CGGCGACGCUCAUACUCAUUGCUCAUCAAACUCCAUGGAAGAGAGUAAAAUCAUGGCGAAAGGAGAUCGAGACCGACUCAGUCAUUUACCCGACAAAGUUCUACUCCACAUACUUUCUAUGUUGCCGGAGGGAAAAGAAGUUGUGAGAACCAGCGUAUUAUCUCAGCGAUGGCGGGUUCUUUGGAGGUCCGUUGCAGUGUCGCUCAAUUUCGGCGUCCCUAAUAAUCCCUCUAAUGAAAGAAGCAAAAAGGAACUUCUCACUUUUGUAGCUUCCACCAGUAGAGAGCUUCACUAUUGGAGGUCUUACGGGAAAAUCAAAGCAUUUAGGGUUUUUCCGUUUAGAUAUAAAUAUUAUAUUGUUAAAGAUGUGGAUUUUUGGGUACAUUUUGCAAGUAAGGUUGCUAAUGUUGAAGAGUUCACACUUAAAUUUGCAUGUGUCAGUUUUCCAGAUUUCGCAUAUAAGUUUCCUCAGUUUGCGUUUAAGAAUACGACGUUAAGGAAUUUGGUUUUAGACAACUGCCAGCUAAACCCUUCUGGUAGUGUGAACUGGAGUAGUCUCGUUUCUCUUUCAAUUGGUCACCUGAAAUUGACGGAUAGUGUGUUGGAGAAGAUAUUGUCCGGUUGCCCUAACUUGGAGAGCUUGGAACUGGAUAGUGUUUUGGGCAUUAGUCGUUUGGAAAUCAGCUCUGUGAAGCUGAGAAAAUUGAUCAUAUUAAAUGAUGAAAAUGAUCGUUGUAACAAAUGGCAUGAAGAGGAUACCAAUUCGCUCGAAAUAAUUGCCCCGUAUAUUCGAAAUUUGGUACUUUCGGGGUUCUUCUACGAUGAGAUACGCUUGCACGAGAGCAAUGUGGCUUCACUUGUCACUGCAGUCCUUCAUUUUAAUGUUGAUUUUAUUGAAUUUGAAGAUGAAAAAGAGAAAUUGGAGGAGGAGUGUAGAUAUUUGAAGGAACUUCUUCUCAGUGUUGCCCAUGUCAAGAAUCUUGAAUUGGGUCCCUUGUGCAUCGAGUGCUUUCCCAUACUGGAGUUGAGAGGUUGGCAAUCUCCACAAUCAAGCUGCAAAUUCUUAAAGCUUAAUGCAGCCUUAAAACACUUGGACUUCGCUGGAAUUUACAGCCUUCUGCAGAGUUCAUCGGAUGUUGAGACAUUGAUCAUUGACUGGAAAAAUCACAAACCAAUAGACCGGCUGUUGAGUUACACAAAUGAGGUUGAACAGGUCAGGAGGUUUGAGACACAUAAUGGUAACUGCUCAUUGCCACAUCUGAAGACCAUCAAGUUCAGUAACUUUCUUGGAUCAUUAAGUGGAAUUAAAUUUGUACUUCUAUUGGUAAAAUAUCUGCUAAAAAAUGCAACAGUGCUAGAAAAGUUGGUCAUUGCUGCUGGAUUCAUAGGGAAUGAUGUGUCUCGGGAUAAAAUGGAACAGACGUUCCUGAGCUUUCCAAGAUCCUCUCCGCACGCUUCAAUUGUCUUUUCUCAUCCAUAAAUUUUUGUCUUCUCUGGUUUGUAUUGAUUGCAACAUACUCAACAAAUGUUAGUUUUAUGUUUCAAACUGCUCUGCAGGUGAUAGACAAGUUUAGGAUUGUACUCCUCAGUGGAGUUUUUAACAGUUCUUCAUGAUGUGAUCAUCAUGCAAGAGAUGUUGCUCGAAAUGCUUUGUGAUUUCUAUUCAUAUUGUUGAAUCCUGAAUAUGAUACAAUUGGUUACUCCAAUGGAUAUGGUGGGACGAAUUAGAUCCUUCCACCUUUAACUGGAGUUCUCGAGA